UGACAAAUGACAGUAUUGUUAAAAGGCAAUUUAAUUUAUUUGAUAAUCAAUUUUCCUCUUAUUUAUGCAACACAAUUGUUUUAAAGUACAUUCCACAUAAUUAAUCAAUGGAAGACACUUCCAACAAAGAAAAUCCCGAACCGAAAGGUGAGGAAUCCGAAGUAGGCAAUAAUUCGAUAGUGGAGAGAACUGAUAAUGCAGAGACCACUCAAAAGCCUAAAGUACUAAAGGCGAAAAAGCGCAAGAAGCCUAAAGAUAGUACUGCGCCUAGAGUACCCCUAACAGGUUACGUUCGGUAUCUCAACGAUCGUAGGGAAGCCGUUAGGACGACGAAUCCGAAUUUAUCCUUUGCGGAAAUAACUAAAAUGCUGGCGAGCGAGUGGAGUAAUUUGCCUAUCGAGAAGAAGCAGCAAUAUUUGGAUGCAGCCGAGCAAGACAGGGAAAGGUACACGAAAGAAUACAAUGCCUACAAACAAACGGAGGCCUAUAAGAUAUUUACGCAGCAACAGAACGAAAAGAAGAUGAAAGAAAACAAAGAUAAAGAGGAAACCGCUGUUAAAGUACCAUUAGGUCAUCAGUCUAUUAUACAAAAGGAUUUGCAAGAUAUGGAUUUAGGUAAUUUCGAUAUUCCUAUUUUUACUGAAGAAUUUCUCGAACACAAUAAAACCAGAGACUCGGAAUUGAGGCAGUUGAGGAAAAUUAAUACAGAUUACGAACAACAAAAUGCAAUUUUAACGAAGCACAUAGAGAACAUGAAAGUAGCCAUAACAAAGUUAGAAUCGGAAAUAAUGCAACAAGAAAAGAACAAUUCGUCUCUUCAGCAGCAUUUGGAUCACUUGCGCAACACCCUAGCAUCGGGAUUCGGAGGUGUAAAAUUACCAGGUAUCAAAGAAAUGGCAACAUUGCAAAAUAUUGACAAUUACAUGACUAAUCUUCACUCAAUUUUGCUGGAAAACAGCAGUCACGAUACGAAUUUGUUGCAAACAGUUCGCGAUAUUGUCGGUAAGCUCGAAUUUAACGGAUGACAAGAAUACAGAUCAUCCAAAAGAAAAAGGACAAUAAAAAAGUUUUAAUUUUUCGCACAUUUUAAUUGGAUCAAUUAAUGUUUAUUGUAGUUUUUUUACUGUGAUUAAUUAUUGUAACGUACGGUGUAAGUAGAAAUUGUGAAUUAAGUAAUAAAAGUAAUUGUAAAUCUG